AUGGCUCUCAAUUUCUUUCUAAAUGGAGAAGUCCUGUAUAGCAGAACUCCGGAUUUGGGUCUUUUAAGAUGUGUAGACGAUGCUGAAGCUGUGAGGCUUAUUGAACAAAUACAUGCUGGAGUUUGCGCCUUUUACAAGUCGGUAACCAAGAAAGUGGUGGCCGAUUUUGUCCGCAACAAUCUGAUAUGCAUAUUUGAAGUUCCAGAAUCCAUCAUUACUGAUAACGGUGCAAAUCUCAACAGUCAUUUGAUGAAAGAGAUAUGUGAACAAUUUAAGAUUAUUCAUCGAAAGUCAACUGCUUAUCGCCCCCAAAUGAACGGAGCUGUAGAGGCCGGGAACAAGAAUAUCAAAAAGAUCUUGAGGAAAAUGAUUGACAAACAUCGAGGUUCGCAUGAAAUGUUGCCAUACGCUUUACUAGGUUAUCGAAAGACGGUCAGAACAUCGACUGGUGCCACUCCAUACUUGCUAGUUUACGGAACAGAGGCAGUCAUACCUGUUGAAGUCGAGAUACCAAUGAUUGCCGUUUGUCAUGGCCAGUUGUAUAGACAGAGAAUGACUCGCGCCUUUCACAAAAGAGUAAGAGCCAGAGAUUUUGAAGUUGGUGAGUUUGUUCUUAAGCGUAUUUUUCCUCAUCAAGACGGGUACAAAGGAAAGUUCGCGCCAAAUUGGCAGGGUCCUUACAUGGUUCGUAAAGUACUGUCUGGAGGUGCUUUGGUCUUGUCAGAGAUGGAUGCCGCUGUAUGGACCAAACCUAUCAACUCAGAUGCUGUCAAGAGAUACUAUGUGUGA